AUAAAAUGCGAAAGAAAGAAGAAAAACAGUGUGAAAUUUAAACCGGUGAACUGAACGGUGAGAUUUAACACACACGGUCUGCAAAUAACCUGCAUUCUUUGUUAACAGACAACUUCGUUGUCGCUAAUCGUGGUUUAUGAACGCGCUGCCAGAGUUUUCGUUUACGCUCUGCAAGUGUACGUUCGCCGUUCUGGCACAAACGUCUCGUGUGGGUGGGGCUUAACAGCGAUUUACUGUCACUGGCUGGCGAGAUUUGGAUCGACGGCUCGAGCGUCCAGCCGAGGAGGAAGAUGAUGACGAUGACGCUGCUCUGUGCCGAUCCUGAGAGCUCUUCUUGGAAAAAAAAAUAGUCGUAUGAGACUCCCCGAGCCUCAAAUAUCAAUUACAACCUCAAUAAGUAAAUCAUUUCCACAACAAAGUACAAACACUAGAACUAUACAGAGAACCGCAUCCAGAACGCUCUCCAAAAUUCACACCACUGGAGUCUCUACUUCCAGGUCAGGGAGCGGUCAUUAGCCAAUGAGAGUAAAAUCGUUGUUAAUCCCUGCCCGCGCCAGAAGUUUGUACCAGAAUGGCGAGCGUAAACGAAACCUUUCAGAGACACCUUUUUCCUUCUCUCAUUGUAUAUUUUUGUUUGUUUGUUUGAAAAGUCGAUACUUUUGGCACAAAUGUCAUUCCAUAGUUAUAUACACUGGUUUUUUGUUUUGUUUUGUUUUUUUUUUUUUUUAAAUCUGAGAGCACAUCCAUGUUAUAUCCAUUCAGGAGGCAAAACACGUGCAUGGCUGUUGUGUGAGAACUGCGGAUCUGGCAACACGGCUGUGCACAGAGUAAGGAGGAGGUAAGGAAAGCAAGGAAUGGGCUCCACCCCCAUACAGCCUCAUCACCAUCACCAUCAGCAGCAGCAUCAGCAUCAGCAUUGCACAGAGACACACCGAGAAGGAGAGAGAGAGAGAGCUCCUGAGCUCACAACCUGCUCCUGCCGGCGAUCCUCUCCAUGCAUGUGAGUACGGUCCUGCUCUUCACCACUCAUCUUUAAUAACUAAUGCAUGUUUCAUUCAUGGAUUUGAGCAUUCUCUCUUAAUUGUAGUGAAGUAACCUUCAGUACUGCUGCGUAUUCUCGAGAAGGAUACUCCAUGCCGGUCUUACUCUGCAGUAUUACAAGCCUAAUAUUCACCUGCAUGCCCUAAAUGUUGUGUUGCAUCUUGGAGCUCAGUGGAAAUGUCAUACUGGGCGGUUUAUUUUUAAACCCUGCUCGAGAGAUGCCCCUUUCUGCUCCAGUUGGCUCGCACUACGUACUGCAUGAAAAAUCAACCACAACAACACCACCACCACACACACACACACACACAGCUCAUACGUGUGUGAUGCUCGCGUGAACCAGUGUCCCCUGUCCAUCCUGAACCAUGGCUGUUACACAGCUGAAGCUACGCUGCAUGGCUUUAGUGGGUUUAAGGUGAAAAAGCUUUCCUCUAAUCCCAUUAUAAAGCAGCUAAGUCACACACAUCCAGCUCUGUUUACUCCAAAAGAGAUGUUCGGACAAUAAAAAAGGAAAAUCACGUCGGUUAAAGCUGCAGCUGAUGCACGUCGGAGAGCGGUGAAAAUUUCUGUUUGAUUUUUUUUUGGCUAUUUUUUUUUUUUUUUUUUUCCUUUUGCCAACACGUGAGAUGUUUGUCAAAUAAACUACAGCAGUCGGAGGACAGGCUGUUUGGAAGGACUCGGUGUAGGGGGUAAAAUAUGUAUCCAAUAUAUAUAUACGAGAGUGAGUCGAAUGAAAACAUUAUUUGUAUUUUUAUUUUUAGCAUUGUUGAUAAGUGAAAAACGUUAAAAUCUUUACAGAUUUAAAAAAAAUUUUUUUUUCAUUUUUUCUCCUUUUCGGUGUUAGAUAUAUCGCCCUUUUUACAGUAAAGUUUUCAUUUGAUUCACCCUCAUAUAUUUAAUCAAAUCUUUACAGAUAUUUACUAGAAUCAGAAUAUUUAUUAGCUCUUCAUAUUCUUCUUCUUAUUAUUUUACUUUUAUUUUUAUUUAAUAAUAUAUAUUUGCUAGCAUGGGAACACUACCUCACAUGUAAUUGGUUAUUAUUAUUAUUAUUAUUAUUAUUAUUAUUGUUUUUAUUUUUUAAAUAUAUACUUAAUAGAAUUUUUAUUUUAAAUACCCAACAUAUAUUUAAUAACACAUUUACAAUCAUGAGUGAUUAACUAACACAAAACUAGUUUAUAUUAUUUUUAUUAUUAUUUAAAAAAAAAAAUGUAUUUAAUAACACAUAGUUGUUUAGUAGCGUAAUGAAUGAAUGAAUGAAUGAAUUAGACAUUUCACUAGCAUGAGAAUAUUACUAUUAAAAAGGUAAGAAAUUGUCCACAGCUGUAGUCUUACAAUGACCUGGCCGGUUAAAAGGAACCUUGAGAGAUGCUGUGGUGUUCUUCCUGGUAUCACGUCGAUGUUGCUGCGAGCUCUGAGUCCUGCAUGGAAACACAACACACACAGGCGCGGGUGUGUGGCGUUAGACUGUGCCGAUCGUACUCCGAUCCCAUACGCACACACGCACGCGCACGCACGCACACGCACGUACACGUGCUGAACUGUCAACAAUGAUUUUAAACUCGAUGCGUAACCGUGCGUAUUUUUUAUUUAUUUAUUUUUUUUGAGAAAUAUCUUUAAUGCAAAACUACUCAUGCUCUUCAUGUUGAUUCUCACUGGCAUGAUUUGAAAAAAUGCAGGUUGCAUCCUUCUGCUUCAGAGCAGUUAUCAGAAGCUAAUGCGAAUCAGCCGGUGCUCAGCCGUUUCUACAGUAACGUGGAGGAGCUGUUGUGCUGCUCUUUCACCCCGGACCUGCACCUGUCCUCAAGACCGUUUCGAAAUCGACGCCGCCUCAGACGUAUGGCUCGAGACGGUCACGACUGUUGCGGGGUGAUGAAUCUGAGGGAAAUGGCUUUAGACGGAUUUAAUCUCUCCGUUCGGAGACAGUUUUGCCAUCGCAUCGUUUCCUGGUGACCUUGAGCGUACAGACACAGCUGAGCACAAGAGCCAGGCAGCACUGUGGGACGUCCCCAUGGGCCUGUGCAGGCAGUCUCUCUCUCUCUCUCUCUCACUCUCUCUCUCUCACUCUUACACACACAUAACCUUUCAUAAACCUUACAAAUAUUGCCAUGCAAUACAUCGGGCAAGCGUCUUAAUUUUUAAAUGUCUGUCUAUAAAAGCUGAAGCAGACAACCUUAACCCUGUCCCCUGUUUGUCUGUAAUUAACUAACUAACUUAAGGGUUGUCCCAGUGGUACGUUGGGUAGCAUUGUCACCAGGGUUCCUGGUUCGAUCCUGAGCUCGGGUUACUCUCACACAUUCGGGUUUCCUCCAGGUUCUCCGGUUUCCUCUCACCUCCCAAAAGUCACGCAGUAGGCAGAUUGGCAAGUCCAGGUGUGAACUUGAUCCGGACCUGUGUGCAUUUCCGGUCGGAUUCCCACCUCAUGCACAGUGUUCUGCGAGUCUGACCAGGGUAAAACACUUACUGAAGAUGGAUUAUGGAUGAUAAUAAUAAUAAUAAUAAUAAUACAGAAAAUAUGAUUGCAGUUUACCUCCCAGGCAGCAGAGGGCUCUAAAAAUAACAAGCUACACCUUUAUCCAAAUACCUGACAGGCUAGCUGAAUUUGUAACAAUGCUACUGGUGGAAAAGUGUUUGUUUUUUUUUGUAGGGGAAAUCUUGACGCUUGUUUGCAGAACCCUACAAGAGAGGUUAUUUCCCUACCAGGGUUUCGAGUAGAACCUGUCAACUAACCCUUUAUUUUCUCCUUCCCUCCUUGUUGUCAUUUCCAGGCUACUAUGAGGAAACCACUGGAGUGCUAAAGGUCAACCGGAUUUCCCGCACAGCAGUGGCAUGUAUCGUGUGUGCUAAGCCGUACUAGCCGAGUGUUGCAUCAUGGGUCAGCGGUCGUGCCACGUCGUCCGGAGGAAGCUACGUCCAGCACGGGUUCUCGCACUCCUCCUUGGGAUCUUGGCAAUAAGCUCCGUUUCCUUCUCCACCCUCGGUGCCUUCUUCUCCUCCUCAUCCUCCUCCUUGUGGAGCUCUGCCUCCCAGCAAGAGGAGCCUCAUGGCCCUGCUCCUCACAGGACUCUCCUCUCGGUUAGCAUUACCAACGUGUCAGAGAGCCAAGGCGAUUAUCCCGAGGACUUGUUCACGUUGGAACAGCGUCGCCAAGGCGCGGUGAUCCUGCACAUGCUCGGCAUGCUGUACAUGUUCAUCGCAUUGGCCAUCGUGUGUGACGAGUUCUUCGUGCCCGCGCUCACGGUCAUCACCGAGAAGCUGGUCAUAUCAGACGACGUGGCCGGCGCCACCUUCAUGGCGGCCGGAGGCUCCGCCCCUGAGCUCUUCACCUCCGUUAUCGGCGUGUUCAUCUCGCACAGCAACGUGGGCAUCGGUACUAUCGUGGGCUCGGCCGUGUUCAACAUCCUGUUCGUGAUCGGCAUGUGCGCCGUGUUCUCACGCGAGAUCCUCAACCUGACAUGGUGGCCGCUUUUCCGCGACGUCUCCUUCUACAUCCUUGACCUGAUCAUGCUCAUCGUCUUUUUCCUGGACAACUUCAUCAGCUGCUGGGAGAGCAUGGCCCUGCUGCUCUCCUACGCCACCUAUGUGCUCUUCAUGAAGUUCAACUCCCAGGUGGAGGGCUUCGUCAAGGGCUUGACGAACCGCAACCAGGUGGUGGAGGUGGCCGAGACGCAGCCUAAGGCUGUUAGUCCAGUGCCGACGGAGGACGACAGCAAGCUGUCGGCCAAGCCGCGGCUGCAGAGAGGCGGAAGCUCGGCGUCGCUGCACAACAGCCUGAUGAGGAACAGCAUCUUCCAGCUCAUGAUCCAUACGCUAGACCCGCUUAGCGAAGAAUUCGCUGACUCUGAGCUGGGGACUUAUGGCAAGCUAAAAUAUUAUCACUCAAUGACCGAAGAAGGAAAGUUCCGUGAGAAGGCGUCCAUCCUUCACAAAAUUGCCAAAAAGAAAUGCCAAGUGGAAGAUGCUAACGGAGUGGCUGAUAAGAACCUCCCGAAUAGCUCCAGCGUGGAGGUGGAAGUUUCUCCACCUCUGAACGGCACUGCGGGCCAAGAGGGCGACGCGGGUGACGAAGACGAUGAGGAAGACCAGCCCUUGAGCCUGUCGUGGCCCGAGAGCAGCCGUAAGCGCUUGACGUAUCUCCUUCUCCUCCCCAUCAUCUUCCCGCUGUGGAUCACGCUGCCCGACGUCCGUAAGCCCGUGACCAAGAAGUUUUUCCCCAUCACGUUCCUGGGCUCCAUCUCCUGGAUCGCUUGCUUCUCCUACCUGAUGGUGUGGUUUGCUCACCAGGUCGGCGAAACCAUCGGCAUCACGGAGGAGAUCAUGGGGCUGACGAUCCUGGCAGCUGGAACCUCCAUUCCGGAUCUCAUCACCAGCGUCAUUGUGGCUCGGAAAGGUCUCGGGGACAUGGCUGUGUCCAGCUCGGUCGGCUCCAACAUCUUCGACAUCACCGUAGGGUUACCGUUCCCGUGGCUCUUGUACACGUUGGUGAACAAUUUGCAGCCCGUGGCGGUGAGCAGCAACGGCCUGUUCUGCGCCAUCGUGCUCCUCUUCAUCAUGCUCCUCUUCGUCAUCAUCUCCAUCGCCGCCUGCAAGUGGAAGAUGAGCAAGAUGCUCGGCUUCAUCAUGUUCCUCCUCUACGUCGUCUUCCUGGUGCUCAGCGUCAUGCUGGAGGACAAGAUCAUCAUGUGCCCGAUUUCCAUCUGA